UCAGUAGCAGCUGCAAAAAUGCUGGCAGCGGCUGUGGCAGCAUUGGAUGGUGAUCCCAUCAUGGUCAUCCAGCCGACUCUGAAUAGUAUGGGUCCAAAUGCCAUCCAGCCCGUCCAGCAGAAGGCCGUCAAACGAAUUGCGGACGUGAAUGCAUUUGAAUCGUCCAUGGCCAAGGUGGCCAACACAGCAAUGAGGCAGGAAUCGAGUCGUCAGGGCUCGGUAGAGUUUGCGCGCGGCAACGCCUGGCCUUUACACAAGCAUGUACCUCCUCUUGCCGGAAGAGCGGGUGCCGGCGGUUAUGCAGGCGUUUAUCCGGGCGUGGGUAUUUCAGCUGGCGGUGGUAAAGCGCCCGCUAAUGCACUGGCGAGCUCCCUUGGGCUCCCUGGUGUUGCGGCCAGAGCUGGCGGCUCUGGUGGCACUAGCAAAGGUACUAAUAGCCAGGGACAGCGUGGAGGUAAGGGCAAUGCGAAUGUCAAUGCCGGCGGCAGUGGAGCACGCCCAGCGGCUGCCAAUGCAACAGCGUCUGCCACAACUGGUGGAGGCACCACAAAUGCCAGACGCACCGAGAACAACGGCAAUAAUGCCAGCAACGCCGGUGCUGGAGUUGGUGGCUCCGAGAAUGUUGUUAAUAUGAUGUCAGUUCAGCAAAAGCGAUAUUUGGGGUUCAUCGCUCAGAAUCGAGGCCCAACUCAGAGCCACUCGGUUGAGGAUGAGCCGCAGCUUGACAAUGUCACGCUAAAUCCGGAGACGCUGAUAAGACACUAUGUGACGUCGUCUUUGGCCAAAAAAACACAUCGGAAAACAUCGAGCAAAGUGAAGGCUAUGCAGCCUGUGCAGCAGCCUGGGCAGUCUAUGCAGCAGGCUGUGCAGCCAGCGAAUCCUGUUUCGUCCAGUUCAAGUCCCAGCGAUUCAUCGUCGUCAAGUUCGAGUGAUAGCAGCUAGAGUGACACUGAAACAGCUUAGGACGCCGUUGUAUUUGUUUCCAUAU